CUUCCGAUCAAACAAAAUGGGCAAAAAACAACAUCAGAAAGAUAAGUUGUAUCUUACAUCUACUGAAUGGAGAACAGAAUUUGGAGGGUACAAAGGUCAGCUUCAGAAAUCUGCAGAAUUUAGACGUUUACCUUUUUACUGUUGUAGCUUAUCGUUCCAACCUUUUCAAGAUCCACUAUGCACCAAAGACGGCGUCAUUUUCGAUAUCAUGAACAUUGUUCCAUUUCUAAAAAAGUAUGGCGUGAAUCCUGUAAACGGAGAAAAGAUGACAGCUAAAGAUCUGAUUCACUUGAACUUUCAUAAAAACAAAGAUGAUAGAUUUCACUGUCCAGUUACGUUUCAAGUCUUUAAUCAAAACUCUAGCAUAGUGGCUAUUAAAACAACGGGGAACGUGUUUAGCAAAACCGCAGUGGCUAAACUAAAUCUCAAAACAGGUCACUUGAAAGACCUUUUAACUGAUCAGCCAUUUCAAAAGACUGACAUCAUUACCAUUCAGGACCCCACAGAUGUUGAAAAAUGCAAUUUUGCCAAUUUUUAUCAUUUUAAACAUAAUUUAAAGGUUACAAAUGAAGAUAAAUCUGAAUCAAAGUCAAAGAUCAGAUCUGCAAGCACUAUGACUCAAUCUGUCCUUGAUGAGCUUGAAAAAACUUACAAAGCUCCAGAAAAGGAGGAAGCAUCAAUGGCCAAAGCAGAUAAAUUUAAUGCAGCUCAUUAUUCUACUGGCCAAGUUGCAGCAUCAUUUACCUCAACAGCAAUAAAUCCUGUCACAGAACAUGAAACUGCGCUUAUUGAUGAAGACAUACUGCGUUAUGAAAGAGUGAAAAAGAAAGGAUACAUCAAACUUGACACUAAUUAUGGUCCACUGAACAUUGAACUUUAUUGUGAUAUGGUCCCAAAAACAUGCGAGAACUUUUUGAAACAUUGUAAAAAUGGUUACUACAAAGGUUCAAAAUUUCAUCGCUCAAUUAGAAAUUUUGUGCUGCAAGGAGGAGACCCUACUGGUACAGGCCUAGGAGGGGAAUCAAUAUGGGGUGGAACUUUCAAAGAUGAAUUUAAACCAAAUUUACAACACACCGGCCGAGGAGUUUUAAGUAUGGCAAACUCUGGACCAAACACAAACAAAUCUCAGUUCUUCAUCACAUUCAGGUCAGCUCAUCAUUUAGAUGGUAAACACUCAGUGUUUGGUAGAGUUGUUGGUGGAAUAGGAUCAUUAGAUGCAGUAGAACUCAUUGAGACUGACAAGAAAGAUAGACCAAAGGAAGACAUAAUCAUUGAAGAUUGUACAGUUUUUGUAGAUCCAUAUGAAGAAGCAGAUGAACAACUUCAAAAGGAAAGAGAAGAAGAUAUACAGAAGGCAAAAGAAGAAAAAGAAAAGCUAGAAAAAGAAAGAAAGAAGAAGGUUGCAGCUGAAGGUACUCCUACAGUUUACAAGUCAGGUGUUGGGAAGUACAUUAACUUGGCUGCAAGUGAUACUAGUUUAAAAAGACCAGGAGGCGAUGAGCCAUCAGAGACUGAAAAAAAGAAAGCUAAAUUUGUACCAGGAAAAUUAGGGGACUUUAGUAACUGGUGAAAAUAUAUAUUCAACCUAUACAUGUUAUAAUUGAUUAAUUUUAACCAUAUUCAUCUUGACAGUUGAUGAAAAUGACAUUACAAUGUAUGUACCAAAUUUCAAGAAAAUAUGAAAGUUAUUUGUCACAUAAAGAUAUUUUAUCAUUAUGUCAUUAAUACAUGUACAUGUAUAAUAGUUUAUUACAUACAUGACAUCUUGACUUUCCAAUUCUGCUUUCUCAGAUAUAAUUUUGUAAUUUUAAGUUUAUUUCUGAGGCAAGUAAUCCAAAAGUUAAAAAUGUGAUAAAAAAAAGUGUCCUUUUUGGCACCUUGAAUUAAGAAAUCAAUCUAUGAAAGGAAAAUCAUUUCUUCAGAAAUGUUCAGAUAUUCAGUAAAAUGUCCUUUGUGACUAUAAUAUUCAACGUUUUCCCCACAAAUUUCAUAUACGUGUAGCAUCCUGGUAACAUGUUAUUUUUAAAUACAUCAUGUUUAUCCAUGUUUAUAGAAAUUAUAGCAAUCAAAACAGAAUCUAUAAGUCCCUUCAGGUCACAUCACAUUAAGACAAUUUGAAACAAUACAUCAUCACAUUACCAUGAUGCUAACAGUACAGGCUUUUUGGAGAACACUGCUAUUAAAGGUCAUUUUACUCUAAACUAUCUGAAAAUUGUACUUUAAGGUAUAUUUCUAUAUCAAUACAUGACAUGAUGUACAAUCAUAUCAAAGCAAAAAAAAUUUAUUCUUCAAAAAGACCAAGCUAUAUUAGUUUUAUCAAUAAAAUUGACAUAAUAUUUUAAGGAUUGAAUAAUUUUGCUAUAUGUCAGUAUGUAUUGCAAUAUUAGUAGCCAAAUAAUGACUUUUGUCAUACAAUUUAUCUAAAUAUCCUCCUUAGUCAUAUUAUUAUUAGUAAGGUUUACAUUGAUCUCAAAUGGAUUUAUAAUAUCCUAUCCUUUAAAUUUUUCUCUAUUUCAUCAAUUUUUUACAUGUUGAAAUUCGAUAAAAACUUAAAUUUAAUUUAUAACAAUAAGUAACAUUUGUUUUACUGCAUUUUGUAUUUAAAUUAAAAAAAGUGAGGACUUUUAAAUACAAAAUGCAGUAAAAAAAAGUUCUUUUUUGACCAGGCCCUAUUAGGUGGUAUUACAUCGUACAAAGUCUGUCCAAAUUAUUUUUGCAAAGAAUUCCGCUCAAGCCGGUGCUAAGGGCCGUCUUAAACUUGCAGCGAGGUGAGAGUUAUUUUACUCCAUGUUGAAGGCCUCACUGUGACUUUGAGAUGAAGAACAGCAAUAAAAGCGCUGUUCCUUUGCUUUUUGUGUGUUUUUUUGUUGUGCAUGUACUGAUUCUGUGUCAUGGAUAGAUACCCCAUAUCCCUUGUUUUUCUGUUAAAGUCAAAUGUUAAUUAUUGUUAUAAAUUAGAUACAAGUUUUUAUGGCACAUACAUGUAGAUGUACACAGUUAUUGGAAUCUAUAUUUAAAAUUUCAUCAUGUUCAUGUUACAUGUAUUAUAAUGAUUUUUUUUUUAUAGAUCAUGUAGACAUGGUAGAUGACUGUAAUAAAUGCAUGAAUUAAAUAAAUUUAGAAAAUAUGCUAUUAAUUGUGAAGUGUACAGUCAGGGGUAUGACUUAAACAAGUGAUUUUCUUAUUAUUUGUUUUAGUGAUUUGUAAAUUUCAGUAAUCACCUUUUCAAGUGAUUUUAAUAUUUCCUUUGAUCUUCAAAUACAGAUUUGGUAAAUUUCCCGCUAAAUGACAAUUUUUUUUUGCAAUUUGCUUUUAUAAAUUAAUUAUCUCUUUUUAUUAUCAUGAUUAUAUUAAUUUCAACAGUGUGUCUUAGGAAUUUUCCUGAAUUCAAAUAUAUAUAUGUUAAGUACAAAAAUGUACUCUUAUCAUUGAAGCCAU